CCACCAUCACCACCACCACCACCACCAGCGCCUGUCGGGCAACGUCAGCGGCAGCUUCACCCUCAUGCGCGAUGAACGCGGGCUCCCGGCCAUGAACAACCUCUACAGCCCCUACAAGGAGAUGCCGGGCAUGAGCCAGAGCCUGUCCCCGCUGGGCGCCACGCCGUUGGGCAACGGGCUGGGUGGCCUCCACAACGCGCAGCAGAGCCUGCCCAACUAUGGGCCGCCGGGCCACGACAAAAUGCUCAGCCCCAACUUCGACGCGCACCACACUGCCAUGCUGACCCGCGGUGAGCAGCACCUGUCCCGGGGCCUGGGCACCCCGCCCGCGGCCAUGAUGUCGCACCUCAAUGGCCUGCACCACCCGGGUCACGCUCAGUCCCACGGGCCAGUGCUGGCACCCAGCCGCGAACGUCCACCCUCGUCCUCGUCGGGCUCGCAGGUGGCCACAUCUGGCCAGCUGGAGGAGAUCAACACCAAAGAGGUGGCCCAGCGCAUCACCGCCGAGCUGAAGCGCUACAGCAUUCCGCAGGCGAUCUUCGCGCAGAGGGUGCUGUGCCGGUCUCAGGGGACUCUCUCCGACCUGCUCCGGAACCCAAAGCCGUGGAGUAAACUCAAAUCUGGCAGGGAGACCUUCCGCAGGAUGUGGAAGUGGCUGCAGGAGCCGGAGUUCCAGCGCAUGUCCGCCUUGCGCCUGGCAGCAUGCAAACGCAAAGAGCAAGAACCAAACAAAGACAGGAACAAUUCCCAGAAGAAAUCCCGCCUGGUGUUCACUGACCUCCAACGCCGAACACUCUUCGCCAUCUUCAAGGAAAACAAGCGCCCAUCAAAAGAGAUGCAGAUCACCAUCUCCCAGCAGCUGGGCCUGGAGCUCACAACCGUCAGCAACUUCUUCAUGAACGCCCGGCGCCGUAGCCUGGAGAAGUGGCAGGACGACCUGAGCACCGGGGGCUCCUCGUCCACCUCCAGCACUUGUACCAAAGCCUGAUGGAAGGACUCUUAGUUGGGCACAAGUCGUUUCCAAAUGAGUAAAACACAUACCAAAAGAAAACACAAAGGAAAAAGACACUGGAUUCUUAGCUGGGGCCCUUCACUGGUGACUUGAAAGCACAAUUCUCUUGAAAAGAAACUUCUAGCUGUAAUCAUAGGCCAGGUGUUCUUUUUUGUUUUGUUUUUAAUGGCUAUGGAGCCCAAGUGAAAGCUGAAAAUGAAUCUCUUUGAACCGGACUUUGUCCUCUGAGCAUGCUGAGCAUCUCCGAAACCCAAAUGGGGCCUUCCUGGAGCACGUUCAUUUCAGUGUAGUGUCAACCAAGCUCAGGAUUGCUUAAAAUGUCAACAGCCCCACUUGGGGGGUUUUCAACCUCUUGCAGUCAGAGUUCUCACAAGUAACCGUGGGAAUUCCGUCUGAGUUUGGGCUCCCAAGAUGCUACUUUAAGAGAAGACUCUAGCAACCAGAAUGACCUCAUUUGAUUUCCAAGUGCUUAGCCACAUCACACCACAUACACCAAAGUUCACAGCCAUAACAUAAAAAACAUCGGAUAUGAUAAUUACUGAGCACAAGUAUUAAAUAUGAAGUUAAAAACAAACAAACAAACCCAAGGACCUGUUUUUCCAACUCAGGCAUCUUUUCACUGAAUGCUUUUGAAAGAUUUAAGUUGGUCCAGUUUACAAUUUCCUUUUCUUUACCUCCUGUAAAUCUAAUACGGUCUUGGAUCCAUCAAAACAACAAAUCAGUUCACUUAAGCUCAAAGUAUCAAGCACAACAAAGAUAAACAGAGAAGAAAGGAAGGUUUUGGAUUCACCACCUCUGGAUUUUCAAGACACCGAUUGGGAAGUCAUUAGGGAAUCAUUGGGAAUAAGGCUUCAAGCACAUUUUGCAGUUUGCUACAAAUUCUGUUUGUACAUAAUGCAGACGCACACUCAGGAGGCCAAUUUAACUGUUAUGGUACAUGGAGCAAAUGCAGCAUUUUAAAAGAUCUAGAUUUUUUUAGAUCAUUAAUGUAUCCUUCUUGGUUGUUAGUCACCUGGUUCCUCCUAUUGUGCAUUCACCACGUAACUCAUUCUCAUUCUUUCAGAUUUGGGUUGUUCUCUCAUCCAUCCCAUUGGUAGGGAUGUUUUCAGUGUUUUCUUACAAGAAAAAGAUAAUAAUUCAAACCGCCAUACAUGUUAUGCAUCUAGUCCUAAACCUCUUCCAUUGUUAAGUUGUCCUAGAAAAACAGCUGAAUAAAACUGGAGAAAACACAGCACACCAAAGAAGCAGAAUACUGCAAACCAAAGACAUUUAUUACUUGCCAUUUUCUAGCCUAAAUAUACUGUGAUUACGUUUAGAAAUCAGAAAACCUCUGCAACUCCAAAUGGCAUUCAGCUCUUGCAUUUGGCUCACCAUCAGGCUGAGCAGACAGGCUAUGCCAAGGACAUCAGCCAAGCCACCCAGGGAGUGGCUGUCACCUUCCAACAGCAAGCAGGAGAGCGCCCACAGAACUCUGGGAGAUUGCGAAGGUCACGAUGUGCAUAUUUACCAGUGAAUGGCCCCAGGUGGGCACCAUGGGGGUGUUCAAAGCAAGCCAAACGCUGCAAUGAUUCUUUACAGACACUUGAGACUGACUUUUUUUAUGAAUUACUUAAUCGAAACCAAAGAAACUUUUUCUGCACCUACUUCUGCAACAAACAAAACUGUCCCAUUAAGGUGAAUAAGUAAAUGCAUAAAUCAAUGAAAAUCACCACCAAGAAGAAGGAAGCACGCCAGAAAAAAAAAUGCAGUGAGACACACUGUGUUCAAACAGACCUCUUGGGACAUUUUUUGGAAGCAGAUUUGAAAGAAAGGGUUGAGACAAGAAUGGAAAUAAGGAAAACGCCUGAGUGGCUGCUGCUUCAUUUGACAACUCACGCGGGAAUCUUAAAGUUGAAGAUUGUCUUUAAUUUGUGCCUAUGCAGUUUUUCAAAAGAACACGGAACAGAGCAACAGAAACCUCAACAGCUACAAUACCAAAGAUGAGGAUUUCUCACACCUUUUGUUUCAGUUCAUUAUCUCCUCUUGCCUGGCUAACAUACUAAUAGUACUAUUGAUCUGUAUAAAGACUUUGUGGAAAGUGAUAUGUUGAAUCAAGUGUAAGCUGAGUUUUCCAGACAACUGAAGUAGCUACAUCGUGAAUGUUAUUUUGUUAUUAAAGGGUUUUUACUCAA